UCUUGGGCCGAGGCGAAGGCAUGUUCCCUGCUCAGGAGGAAGCCGACAGGACGGUGUUUGUGGGAAAUUUAGAGGCCCGAGUGCGGGAAGAGAUUCUCUACGAGCUGUUCCUUCAGGCUGGGCCAUUAACCAAAGUGACUAUCUGCAAAGACAGAGAAGGAAAGCCGAAGUCUUUUGGGUUUGUCUGCUUUAAACACCCAGAAUCGGUGUCUUAUGCCAUAGCUUUGCUGAAUGGAAUUCGUUUAUAUGGAAGACCAAUUAACGUGCAGUAUCGAUUUGGGAGCUCUCGCUCUUGUGAUCCAGCUAACCAAAGUUUUGAGAGCUGUGUUAAGAUAAAUUCACACAGCUACAGAAAUGAAGAAGUCGUGGGCAGAACUUCCUUUCCCAUGCAGUUCUCUCCAAUUAAUAAUGCAGCUUUACCUCAGGAAUAUCUUUUCUUUCCGAAGAUGAUAUUUUCUUCUUUGACCAACUUGGGCCAAUAUUCUACUAUGGACCAGUUGCUGGCGGGUUUCGACAAUUGUUGACCUCGUUUCAGUGACUUAACAGAGAGCUGUUCAGUCCCUCUUAGCCCACUUGCAUGCUUCAAUGGUAAGGAAGCACUCUUGAUGUCAGACACUUAGAGAAAUGAAAAUAGGCCCAUUUAUCAGGAUGGUGAACAAAAUGAAAAGAUAGAUGUGACACUGGUUGUUCAGCUUCAUCUCAAUUUAAACAUAUUUAAGAGCUGGGUGUAUUCUCCCUCAGGGUGGAUGUGGCCUGUGGCAGAUGUGAUUUCAGUAGCUAUUCCCGGAGGAAGACUUGGCUGUUUGGUUCCCAGUCUUCCCUCUCUCUAGGAAGGGGCGGAAGGCUGGAGGAGUAGAGUUACCUCCUAUAAUAUCAUCCUAAAGAACCGGCGGCAC